CCUCUCGGUGACGACGGAUCGAUUGCUCUGGCCUGGCGGAGGCCUAUCCGGCAGGACAGUUCCCAGCUCGCGCUGCUAGGCGAAGCAGGUGAGCUCAGGACGUCCUUACGGGCCACGGAGCUCGAGCAUCUGAGGUCCUGGCGGCCGCGCGGGACCUGUGUGACUGAGCGACCGGUCGCGUGGAAGAGUCAUGUCUGCGCACUCCUUGGUGCGCGCCCUGCGCAAAAACAAGACCCUUCGCUACGGAGUCCCUAUGUUUUUGCUGGUUGUUGGUGGUUCUUUUGGUCUUCGUGAGUUUUCACAAAUCCGUUAUGAUGCUGUGAAGAUUAAAGUUGAUCCUGAGUUAGAAAAGAAAUUGAAAAUGUCUAAUGUAUCCUUGGAAUCAGAGUAUGAGAAAAUAAAAGACUCUACUUUUGAAGACUGGAAGAAUAUUCGAGGACCCAGACCUUGGGAAGAUCCUGACCUCCUCCAGGGACGAAAUCCAGAAAUCCUGAAGACUAAAACAGCUUGACUGUGUUGAUUAUUUUAUUUUAAUUUUUAAAUAAAAAUGUUCACUGGAAUUCUCACCAUAGACUGCUGUUCACUAG